AUGAGCAGAGCAAGCAAGAUUACGUUUGGUUUAACUUGCCUUUUUACAUUAACUUCAAUCAUUGGGGUUCAUUAUGUUCAAGAAUUGGAAAGAGACACACUACAUCAGGGACCUAUUAAAGAUGCCAAACGUAUAGCAGAAAAGAAGAAAAAAGAAACUGAGGAAAAAGCUAGGCAAUCAACGGAAAAUACGAGUGCAAUGAAACCACCUACUAAUGGAUUAUCACCUGAAGAAAAGGAAAAGAAGAGAAAUUUUAAUAGAAGUGAUCAUGAAUUACAACAACAAUUAAGACAGAAAUAUGAAAAAAUGCAACCACUAACAGGUGAAAUUGUAACAAAAGAUGGUGAACUUGUUCAAAGUAAUGGUAAAACCAGCUAA